UCAUUAUCAACGAAGAAACUAUACAUCCCAAUAAACCUAAAACAUAAAUAAAUAAAUAAAAUAAAUGAAGUACUCCUAGAACAGUAGAAUCUAUCUAAACUGAAAAAGGUUCUACAAUCAAGGGAAGUAAUAUAUGAUACGGAUCAAACCCUAGGGUUUUCCAUGUAAUUGUCUGAAGGUGUUAUAUGCCUAUCCAAUUUCGAUGCGAUCAGUCAUCAGAAGCAGAAGCAGAAGCAGAAGCAGAACCCAGAAUCGUGAAUCGAGCAGAUACUGGUUACAAGCUGUACUCUUUUUGGGACAUUGAACUGUUUUGCACCACAUAUCCUCAUACCUGGACAAGGGUACUAUGAAGCCAAGAGAACCACCGAAGGUCCCUUGCGAAGUGGAAAUGGAAGUUGACAGAAUCAGCAACCUACCUGGGCAUAUUAUGGACAAAAUUUUGUCACAAUUGUCACUUAGGGAUGCAGUGAGGACUAGUGUCUUAUGCAGCAAGUGGAGGUACAGAUGGAAUACCAUUCCGGAUCUUGUCUUUGAUAAUCAAUCCGUGUUGGUUUCUUCCCAAGAGCAAAUAUCCAUAAAAACCAAGAUAGUGAACGUCGUGGAUCAGGUGCUUUUGCUUCACGCCGGUCCAAUACACAAGUUUAAGCUUUCUCAUCGCGAUCUUCAAGGUGUCAACGACAUUGAUCGGUGGAUUCUUUAUCUAUCUAGAGGCUCACUUGCAGAACUUGUACUUGAAAUAUGGAAGGGUCAUCGCUACAAGCUACCUUCUUCAGUAUACUCUUGUGGAAAGUUGAUUCACUUAGAAUUGUUUAAUUGUCUAUUGAAACCUCCUACAAUGGUCUAUGGGUUUAGGAGUUUGAAGAGCCUUGAUCUUCAGCACAUCACCAUGGACCAAGAUGUGUUUGAGCACUUGAUAUCUCGCUGCCCUUUGCUUGAGCGACUGACAUUGAUGAACUUUGAUGGUUUCAGUGUCCUUGACAUUUAUGCGCCAAAUCUCCAGUUCUUUGAUAUUGGAGGUGUUUUUGACGAUGUCAAUUUUGGGAAUACCUUCCGUCUAGCUAUCGUUUCCAUUGGCUUGUAUGUGAAUGUCGGAUACGACCAAAGUAUGACUCUGGGCAAAACUGGCAAUUUGAUCAAGUUUUUCACUCAGCUUCCUUCUAUCCAGAGGCUUGAGAUACAGAGUUAUUUUCUGAAGUAUUUGGCUGUUGGUAAGAUACCAGGAAAGCUUCCUGUUCCAUGCAUGGAGUUGAAUUACCUUUCUAUUCGCAUUAAUUUCAAUGAUUUGGAUGAGAGUUUGGCAGCUCUUUGUCUUCUCAGGAGCUCUCCUAACCUACACGAGCUUGAGAUAUUGGCUCGUCCUGAGGAACAGACUGUUGUGGGAAGAGUUGGGAACAUUUGGGAGGAAGAUUAUUACAACUGUCCAUUUAACCAGUUGCGGCUUGUUAAGGUGGUUGGCAUAUUUGGGGUGAGAUGCGAACUGGAUUUCAUCAACUUUCUACUUGCAAAUUCGCCUGUGCUUGAAAGGAUGACUGUUAAGCCCGCUUCAAAUGAGAUUGGAUGGGAGUUGCUCAAGGAAUUGGUGCGGUUCCGGCGCGCUUCAGUACGGGCAGAAAUUAUUUACUUGGACCCAUCAUAAGUAUCCGAAAAUGAGAUGAAAGAAGAAGGGACUCGUGGCGGUGGUGAAAUAUUGAAUAAUUCAUCUCAAUUGAAGAAGUUGCGAUGAGUUCAACCAUUCCCAAUCUGGUUUCUCUGGAUUGCCAACGCAGCUUAAGAAAGUUGAUUCGACAGGAAGUGGUUCAAUCUUCUUGUUGCAUUAGGUUACUGGUACGCCUAACUGGGUCAAAACCUUUCAAUGAGAACCUAAGCUCAGAAAGAUUGAACAGGAUGUUUUUGUUGUACUCAGUAGAGGUUAACCAUUAAAUUAUGUUGUACGCAAAAGUGGUUUUCGUUUUUUCAGUUUUUAUCCAAAUAAUCCAACAAUACAUGUUACCGCUAUUUGGGACUCAGACUCCCUACUUUUAUUUGGGUUCUUGAUGGAUAUGCUCAUUUUGCAUGUUUCAAUGUA